GCCUGUUCGCUCCACCGCCUGCGAUCAUACUGAUCGGGCAUGGAUCAAGGCCAUUACAAUUGCAGAGACUACUACAUCUCGCCGCACUUUGCGCCCACCACCGUCGCCAAAACCAUCCACACCCGCUCGCCCCUGCUCUUCCGCCAUGAGAGCUUCGACGAACUCGAGCAGCGCUCGCGCAGUCCGCUCAAGACGAGCAGGUUCCCCUUCCUGCGCUUGCCCCUAGAGAUCCGGCAAGAGAUAUACAGCUAUCUUCUCCCGCGCACGAUCGAGCAUACGAAGCCCAACCCGUUGGCGCAACAUGCCCGCAACUUCUCCGCCGUCAAGAAGCGCACCGCUCGUGGCAUGAUCGUACCGCAAAGCGAGCCAGGAUAUUCAAGAGCGGCGCAUAUUGUGUGGCAGAGGGGUAAUAUCCGCCUGCUGUCCGUAUGUCGGCAGAUGCAUGGUGAGUGUGCAGAGCUGCUGUAUGGCAAUAGCACAUUCCUCCUCUUUGUGACGUACCUGGGCAUCUCGUUCCGCUUCAACUGGCUGCUGCUGUCCGGAAUGGCGCCACAGAGAAAGUACGAUUUCCUUGAACUUCUCCCUACGAAAUACAUGGCUUUGGUCAAGCGCGUCGUGGUCAAUGUGGAUCAUGUUGAUAGCUACACCGGCAUGAUCAAAUUCAAUGUCAGCGGGAAAGGCUUGACGCAUGGCCUGCGAAAGCAGGUCCAGCGUCUUGUGAACGUGCUGCGACCAUCUCCGCUUGCCACGCCCGAAGUAGCAGACGAAGACGAUGAUGGCUGGUCCGAUAUUCGCUCGGAACGGGACCGUCGACUGGCCAAGGUGCACAUUCGUGUCUCCAACGGCAACGCCGUUCUCGAUCAGAUCAAGAGCGAGGUUGUACGCAAGCGUGAAGGCGGCAUUAGAGUCAAUGAGGAUCUGGAAGAGAUGCUUGAGCCAUUUGGCGAGCUACACGGAGUACGUGAAGUGGAAAUAACUGGCGCUGUGACCGACACCUUCGCUGAGAGCCUACGAAAGACCAUGAUGGACACGACGACAAGGAAUGAAUCAGCGACUGUCGCGCGGAGCAUACGUGACCUGCAUUUGCAUCCCUCGCUCGACCCGACAUCUGAAUUGCAUUUGAAUGAGCAUGAAAUUUGAUGAAUGAUGAGACACGAUUAUAACGACGCCUGCACGACAUGUAGAUACUCCAGGCUAGAUUCAAAGUACAACUUACUGGCCAAUAUCAGGUCCAUGCGCUCUAUUCAUGUGCUUCGUCAGGGCUUGUUGGGCAUUGGAUACGGAUAUCAGCCCAUGCCGCGACUAGGAAGUACGCGUUACGAUAGCACAGACUUCUUAACAUGCAC